UUGGACUUGGGGUGUCCCUCUCUAUCCCUCUUUCUAUUUUCUGGUUCUCCAAGGUUCUACUUUAGAUAUAGCCUUCAAAUCAAAUCCAACCAUUAAAUACCACUUGGUCACCCCCUUUGUAAUUCUCUCCAUAUAAAAAAAAAAAAAAACUAAUUUUUAUUCCAUAUAGUGCCUAUAUUAUCUUCUCGAAAUUUACAUGUUCCACUCUGUUUUUUCCUCUGUUCUGUUUCAUGGCCGCAACAGCAACUUCAGCACAGGCUUUCAAGGACUACAAGGACAGCAACAAUGGCAACCCUGAAAUUACGAGGCAUGAAAUUCAAGCUGCCAUAGCCAAAGCUGUGGAGUUAAGGGCUCUUCACGCGGCUUUAAUGCGAGGAAAUAGCCCAGUCAAUGCUAGAUUACCAUCCCCUUCCCCUGCUUCGCGCCCUGUUUCUCACUUCUCUGCCCAAGAUUACCCUGUUUUCACUCCUAGCUAUGAAGAUGACCCACUGGUGGGGUACAAUCAAAACCCCAUGAAAAGCGUAUCAGUAUCAGAAAGUUGGGAUGGGAGUGUGUUAGAAGGAGGAAACAGCAUAGAAACCAUUGUGGCAGAUUACAAGGAGAAGUCAAGUUCAAGAAAGGGACUAUUUUCUAGUUUUGCCAACCUUGAAUCUCACAUAUGUACUACUGAUGAUAACAAAUCCAUGACCGGCUCUUGUGCAAAUCAAAUUACUGUUCUUCAAACUUCACCAGCAAAUGACUAUUUUAAGUGUAAGAGGAGAAACAGUAUGGAGGAUUUCAAGUCCAUAUCCUCCUCCUCUUGCAAUAAAUGUAACCCUCCCACCAUAACUAGUGAAUUUGAGAAUGCAAGGAACAGCAAGAGUUCCAACAUUGUUGUCCCAGUCACAGAUUCCCACACAUCUCUUCAACCACAACCCAAAAGCAAAGGGGUGAUUUCUUGGUUGUUUCCUAGGCUAAAGAAGAAGCAUAAGAAUGAGAAUUCUCCCAAUAGAGCAGAAUCUGAAGAUGUUUCUCAGGUUCUCAAGGACUUGGGAAUAAUGUCAAUUGAGACAUUGAAGAAAGAGCUGGUGGAAGCGAACGAGAACCGAGAUGUGGCCUUAAUGGAAGUUUCUGAGAUGAGAAAUUCAUUGGGGGAGCUGAAACAGAAGCUUGAGUACUUGGAGAGUUAUUGUGAAGAGCUGAAGAAAGCUUUGAAGCAAGCGAUGCAGACAAGGGACUCUCAACUUUGUGACCAACUUAGUAGUCUUCCUCAGAGAGGGAAAUCAUUUGAGGGGAAUGGAGAAAAUUUGAUGCCUGUGAGUGAGGAAGUAAUGGUAGAGGGAUUCUUGCAGAUAGUGUCAGAGUCCAGAUUAUCAGUGAGGCAGUUCUGCAAGACCCUUAUAAACCACAUUGAAGAAACUGAUCAUUCUCUGACAGAAAACUUGAACUUGCUUCUCCAACCGUAUAAGCUAUCUCUGAAUUCCAAGCACUCAAAGGCAGUGCUAUACCAUUUUGAAGCUUUCAUAAACCAGUCUCUCUACCAAGACUUUGAGAAUUGUGUUUUCCAAAAGAACGGUUGCUCAAAAUUCCUAGACCCUCAGCAGGAUCGUCAAGCACAAUUCUCCUCAUUUGUUGCCCUUAGGAAUUUGAGCUGGAAUGAGGUACUGAGAAAGGGAACAAAAUAUUACAGUGAAGAGUUUAGCAAGUUUUGUGACCAGAAAAUGAGUUGUAUCACCACUAGUCUAAAAUGGACAAGACCUUGGCCUGAACAACUACUUCAAGCUUUCUUUGUGGCAGCAAAAUGCAUGUGGCUGCUACAUUUGCUUGCAUUUUCUUUCAAUCCACCUUUGGGAAUUUUGAGGGUUGAAGAGAAUAAAACCUUUGAUCCUCACUACAUGGAAGAUAUGUGUACGAGGUCACAAGGUCCAAGCAGAGUUAAGAUCAUGGUGAUGCCAGGGUUUUAUGUUCAGGAUAGGGUCUUGAGGUGUAAAGUUCUUUGCAGGUACAAGUCUGCAGCCUAAUCAGUAAGUUUUAUAUGUACAUUUUCUUUUACUUUAGACUUUCUCAUCUCUAUGUCUGUAACUAGUCACAUGGAUGGAUAAUUAAUAAUAGUUGAAAGUGAUUUAAUCUAUUGCAUGCUCAAUUUUGAGUUCUUG